GACAGUUGCCGCAGCAAAGCGAGAACUGGCUGGGCAGGACUCUUCCCUCCCGAGCCUAAAUCCUAGGGCGUGAGCGGAGAUUUUCUUCUCAAACCCCCCUGCUGCUCAUCAACACGCCCCCCACCCCAUUCACACCCCCUUCUCUCCGCCCCUCCGGCGGGGGGAGCCGUCCUCUGGGAGUGUCCCAGCCCAGACAGACCCCUCCCCGCAGAACACGGCCAGGAGCCUGCCGAGGGGGGCCAUCCAGAGCGAGCGCCCGGAGCCUGCCGCACGCACACGGGGCAGAAGCCGGUGUCCGCUCGGAGAUGCUGAGGAGGCGGCGGGUCUUCGCCGUGGAGCCGCUCUGGAGCCCAGAUGGCGCACGGAAGCCCUGGGAGAGCUGUGUGGUGCUAACCUCAGCCAGCAUCUACCGCAAGCUGCAGGAAGCCUCUGGAGAGAGCACGGAUCCUGCUCCUGAGCCACAGCGGGGCAGCAGAAUGAGCAGCGAGCUGGGCCUGUGGGGCCCGGCCGGGUCGCCGACGGAGCCUGGCCUCCCCCACCAGCUGGGCCUCUUCCCGAAGAGCGGGCGGCUCCUCAAGUCGGAGUCGGAGGACUCCGGAGUGGAGAUGGCUGGCAACGAGAACUCACCCUCCACUCCGCUGGGCUCGGAAAGCAGCUUCUCUCUGGACUGUCUUGAUGGCUUCCAGCCCUCCACCGCAGACUCUGCUGCCAGCGACCCAGAGGAGGGCUGCCCCGAAGCAGAGGGGCCAGAGGAGCCGGACCCUCUCCGGGAGCAGGUCUACCUCCAGAACCUGUCGGUCAGCAAGAAGCUGGCCCAGGUGAUGCAGCGCUCCCGGAAGCUCCACGUGCCCAGCCGCUCUCCCAAGCCGCUCGGCCGGAAGAGCCUGAGCCUGGUGGAACUGGAGCUGUUGGCCUCCUACAGCUCGCAGGGGCUGAGUGGAAAAGUGGGGGCUGCAGAGGGGCACAGCCAAGCCCUCUCUGGCUGCCGGAGCCUAGAGGAACAGAGCACUGAGUCCUGUGGGGAGGAGGCAGAGGUGCGGAAAGAUCCCUCUUUAACCCUCCCGGGCCAGGGCCUGCGCUACCUGGAGCAUGUCUGCCUGAUGCUGGAGAAGAUUGCCCAACUGCAGCGGGCCAACCUGCAGCUCCAGCAGCAGCAGAAGGUGAUGGAGAGCCGGCUGUGGGGCCAGCAGGCUGAGAACGUGGUGCCCUCUGAGGAGAGGCCAUGCAGAGCCCCAGAAGAGCAGGGGCUGUCCCAGCCAGAGCCUGAGAACAGGGCGGAGGUGGAAAUGCAGGAGGAGGAUUUGCCUCUGGACUCUUGGAGGCCCCACCACUUCAGGGCACGCUCAGCCUCAGACACCGGGAUGCUCCAGGACCUGACCAGGAGCUCAGAGAAUGAGCCAGUCUGCUCCAGGAAGCCGGCAACGCACUGCGUCAGCUCACCCACCCUGCUGGAUCAGCCGGACUGGGGAGCCCAUACCCUACCGCCAAACAUGAGACCUAGGAACGACCGCUCGCACUGGGGGAAAGUCAAAGUGCUGAUCAACAGGAUCACCAGGAAAUCCAUCCGGGCCAGCGAGCCGUCCCUGUUCGGGGAGUCUGCCGUCGACAGCAGACAGUGUAGUCUGGAGGCUUCACGGGAGAAACAAUGCUCCCAUCCCAGGAGGAACUUCCUGCCAGCACUGGGGGUGAAGAAACACCGCUCGAAAACCCUCUCUGUGCGCUGAGCGCCCUGAGGCUGCGGGAGCCUCUUGGAGACAUGAAGGAUUUAAAGCUGCUGAGCCUUCCCUGCCAUGAGCGGGGGAGCAGCACACACGCUCCACGAAGGGUCCCCUUCACCCCACUGCCCCUUCGAUGCUGGUUUGGAUUGCCCAGUCUCGCCUGCUUCGAUGACGUUGACGGGAUUUCUGGCCCUUCCUUGGAAAAAGGAGGCAGCGAGGAGUGGGUGUUGCUCUGUCAUCUGUUCCUGUGGAGCUGUGGCAUUGAAGCCAAGCAGCUGUGGAUCAAGCCUGCUUAGACAUAUGAACGCUGGGGUGCACUCUCUCCCUGCUAACCCCUCGCGGUGGGCAUGCAUAGGAGGCACGUUCCUCCAUUGAGGCAAGUCCUCAAGGAACCUGGUUUAGACCCAGCAGUCUCUGGUGUCUGUUUCCAUCCACUCUCCCCGUCCUCCACACACCUUUGCCCAGCAUCUCCCCCUGGGUAUGUCUGUCUUCAGACAUGGUUCUGAAAUCUUGCUACUUCCUUGCUUGCAGUGUGUUGCUGCAGAAGCUAGGAGGCGCUCUCACUGCUAGCUGACUCUCUCCCACCACCUUCCUCCUCCUGUGACUGCAGGCAGCUCCAAGGCUGCUCUUGGUAUCAGGGUCUCAAUGGUGGGUAACAAGGAGCAUUGACCACUGGGCCGUUCUCCUGCGGACCUUAACUGAACAAUGGGGCUGACCUGUGUGCCACCGAAAGUCUCCCUCCCUCCUAAGGGGAUGUCUAUCCACGCUCCCAUUCUGUUCAGACCCCUGCCUAGGCUGAGAUUCCAGCUCUGGGGGUCUCUGCACAGCAGUGAGAAAUCCCCGGCAUUGUCAAAUGUGAACUAACUCAUCUGACCGCUUAGUCCACCACUACUAGCCCCUGGUCGUUUUGUAAAUGUGCCAGUGUAUUUGUAUGUAACGUAUUUAUAUGGCCUCAUGGAGAGAGGUGCUUAUGGAGGCUGCUGGAUUCUUAGACACUUAAAAAAAUAAAUUACCACUUAGUUUUGCAUCCUGAUCUGUAAAGCGAGAAAUGGGGGCAUCCUUCUCGCUGGGGGGAGGGAUAGCUCAGUGGUUUGAGCAUUGGCCUGCUAAACCCAGGGUUGUG